AUGUUCUUAGCUCACAAAUUCAAGCAUCUAAAUACAAGCAGGUGGUGAACUAGAAGUCAGAAUUUUUGAAGAACACAGAAGAAUGUCACGAGAGAAGAAACAAAGUUUAGGAAAUCAGUUGAUCUUUACUCUAAAAUUUUAGGACUCUAUCCGAAUCUAACUGGGGUUGAUAUAUUGGGUAAAGACAAGGAUAUGAUAGUUAAAAUGAAAUACUCUAAAGUAAAUCUGACAAAUUAUUUGCCAACAUUCCAUUCUAAGCUGUACUCGAUGAAUUUUGAUAAAAAAAUAAGCCAAAAGAUUUGUGAUACACAAGUAGAACAAAUAGAUUCAUCGAUUAUCCAGAUCUUUGAUCAUGACAACCAAAAGUUUGUGUUCAAAAGGAAAGACCAAGAUUCUGUGUCGAUUGAGAGAUACGAUGAGAAUGGAUAUCAAGAGACAUAUGAACUUGGAGGUUGUGGAGCUCCCUAUAAUGAUGCAGUUUUUGGAGGGAUUUCAUUCAACCAAGAUCAUACCAAAAUAGUAUUCAUUGCUGAGGAUAAGAACAUUCCUUCUUACGAAUCAUAUUUCAGCACUAAUUCUCAAGAGAAUACUCCUAAUUCUGUUCCUUUGUAUAAAUAAAUGGAAGUAUAAUGAUCUUGAUAGUACUCAGAAAAACAAUUUCGGAGAAACUUUAACCAAUAAGAAGCACCCAGUUAUUGUAGUUUAUGAUCUUGCUCAUAAAAAGAUCAAAGUGUUAGAUAUUCAAAAACUGUACAAAGAAGGAACACUCCAGCCCAAUAUAUUUGAUAGUACAUUCCCAGCACACCCAAUAUUUGACGAAAGUGGUGAAGGUAUCAUUUUCCAUGGGUAUCAUUUACCUAUUGACAGACUGGGACUAAAUUUUGCUCUAAAUAGACCUACUAAACUAUACUACCUAAAGAAGCAUGAUCUGGAGGAAGAAAGAUCCGAUUCAAACGAGUCUGGAGAGGCUGAGAAGGCAAAACCCCAAUAUGAUGUUGAAAUCCUAACAAAGGAUUCAUACUUUUCUGGCUUUGCAAAGUUCUCUUCUGACUACAAAUACCUCUCUUACUUUUGUGUGAAGGAAAAAUUUCAUACCCACAUGACUGCAGUUGGGUUAAAUGCUAUCAAGAAUUUUGGGAAGAAGACUCAAAAUCAAUAUCAAGUUGUCAAAAGGGAUUAUGAGAUGAACGAUAAGUUCUCAGGAAUUUAUGGAUACCACCAUCUCUUUAGCCAAGCCAAUUUUAUUAAAGGAACUUAUAAAUUUAUGGUCAGCACAACCAAUCAAGGAAAAGAGAUCAUAAUUUUAGUAGAUGUUGAAGAUAAAACAGUGAAGAUUUUGAAUAAUCCAGAUAUGACUACAAAUGAUUCGAUGGAUAUUUUAAAGAUAUCAAAAGAAGUUGCAUUUAUCAACUCAUCCUCAGUCAGCGAACCUACUUCAUCAUAUAUUUUGACCAAUUUUGAUGAGGAAAACCCUACAUGGACAAAAAUUGGCCAAAGCUAUGGAAAAUCUGACUUUUUUGACAAAAUUAGAGCAAAAAUCAAAAUCGAUACGCUCUCUACUUUUGAAGGUGCGACUGGACAAUUCAUACGAGUUCAGGAUCACCAAAACGAGAUUUUUGAAGAUAUUGAUACUAAUAAAAGACCAACGAUUUUAAUUCUGCAUGGAGGGCCACACGCUUAUUACCCAUAUAACAGGUUCAUUCAAGAUAACCUACUUUGGCUUUCACUGGGUUAUAAUUUGUUUGUGGCUAAUUAUAGAGGAUCUCUUGGAUUUGGAUUAAAAUUUUCAGAUCAAUUAUCUGGAAAUGCUUAUAAUCUUGAUGUUGCUGAUUGACUUGAUCUCUUUAGUCAAUGACUUACAACAUUUAAGGAAGAAAUAGAUGAUACAAAGCUUGGUAUAUAUGGAGGGUCUCAUGGAGGAUAUCUUACAUGCUCGAUUAUAUCACAUCCUGAAUGGAUCAAUAAAUUCUCUGCAGCAUGUAUAUGGAAUCCAGUAACUGCAAUGCACUCAGCCAUGGUUUUCUCAGAUCUUCCAGAUUGGUUCUACUCAGUAGCUUGCAAUAAACCUCAUACAUGGAUCAUGGAUCAAGAAGACAUUAUAAAAAUGUAUGAGAAAUCACCAAUCUCACGUCUUUCUAAUAUCCAAACUCCAAGUUUGUUCAUUAUUGGAGGUGAUGACAGAAGAUGUCCUGAUAUGCAAGGUAUCUACUUUUGGAGAGGCCUAAAAUCUCUUGGAGUAGACACUGAUCUCCAUUAUUACCCGAAUGAUGGUCAUUCAGUGCCCUCUAUAGCUGAAGGAAUAGAUGCAAAGGUGAAUCUUCUCAGAUGGUGGUCUAAAUAUCUAUAAAAUCCAUUUGCUUUA